GAAGUAAUUACCGUAUGCGGUAUAGUGAGGUUCAUCUGUCAUUCGGGACGACAACCAUUCCCUCUGGCUCCUAAGCUACCCUAAAGGAUCAAUAUGGCAUGAAACUUGUUAUUGUUUGCUUUAAUUGUCACCAAGAAGAAGGGGUUGGACAUAUUUCCUUCCCUAGAGAUCUUCGUUCCCAUUUCCAUAUCGCCGCCCGCCAGCAACCAUGGACUCGCAGCAGAAGAGGAAUAUCGUCAUAAUUGGCGGCGGCAUCAUAGGCUGCACGACAGCCUACUACCUGACCCGCCACCCGAAAUUCGACCCAUCCCUCCACCGCAUCACCCUCCUGGAGGCGACGGCCAUCGCCGCCGGCGCGUCGGGCAAGGCCGGCGGCCUGCUCGCCCUCUGGGCCUUCCCCUCGUGCCUGGUGCCGCUGUCCUACCGCCUCCACGCGGACCUGGCCCGGGAGCACGGCGGCGCCGACCGCUGGGGGUACCGCCGGCUGGGGUGCGGGGGCCUGAGCGCCGUGGUGAGGGAGGGGGACAUCAGGAGGCUCGAGGCGGCGAGGCUGAAGGGGGGCGGCGGCGGCGGCCGGGACGCGUUCGCAGACGCG